AUGAGGCCUGUGGUGAUGUGCCAACAUCAGUGGUAUUGCUACUCCGAGGUCACACCUGUUGCAUUAGUGGGAGUAACUCCAAAAGCUUUUCUUCUCCUCAAUCCUCCAUGGUCUACAAACUUCAAAAAUGACAGAGUGACUCUCACAUGCAGAGAUUCCCUUUCUCCAGCCCAAGGAGACAUAUCUUGGUAUCAUGAUGAUCAUUUGUUGGAUAAUAAAUCUGAACAGAUCCAAAUACACGAGACUGGAUAUUACAAAUGCAAGACUCGAAGAUCCUCUCCCAGUGACCCCGUACAUAUGGAUUUUUUAUCUGACAGACUGAUCAUCCAGGCUCCACACCCUGUCUUUGAAGGAGAUGAUGUUGUUCUGAGAUGCCAGGGGAAAGAAGCAACAAGUGAAACAGUUUUAUACAAAAAUAAAAAAGAAAUUAGGAAGAGUUCUAUAUCAAACUUCACACUAAAUUCAGUCUCCAGGGACAAUGGCAAAUAUCAUUGUACUGCUUCUAGGAAAAGGUUUUGGGGAAUGAAGAGAGACAUUUCAAAACCUCUAACAAUUCAAGUUCAAGAGCUGUUUGCCCCUCCUGUGCUGACAGCCAGACCCUCCCAGCCCAUAGAGGGGAGACCGGUGACUCUGAAAUGUGAGACUUGGCUCCCUCCACAGCGGUCAUACAUUCAGCUUCAAUUCUGCUUCUUCAGAGAAGAGCAGGCCUUGGGAUCAGGCUGGAGCAGCUCCCCAGAGCUCAAUUUACCUACCAUGUGGAGUGAAGACUCAGGGUCUUACUGGUGCCAGGCAGAGACAGUGACUCACCAUGUCAGGAAAAGAAGCUUGAGAUCCCAGAUACAUGUGCAGAGAGUCCCUGUGUCUGAUGUAAAUCUAGAGAUCCGGCCCCCCGAGGGGCAGCUGAUUGAAGGAGAAAAUCUGCUCCUUAUCUGCUCAGUAGCCAAGGGUACAGGGACUGUCACAUUCUCCUGGCACAGAGAGGGCACAGUGAGAAGUUUGGGAACAAAGACCCAGCGUUCCUUGUCGGCAGAGCUGCAGAUACUCACUGUGAAGGAGCAUGAUGCUGGGAGAUACUACUGUGCAGCUGACAACAUUCACGGUCCCAUCCUCAGUAAACUGAUUAAAGUCACACUGAGAAUUCCAGUGUCUCGCCCUGUUCUCACUCUCAGGGCUCCUGGGGCCCAGGUUGUGGUGGGGGACGUGAUGGAGCUUCACUGUGAGGCCUGGAGAGGCUCUCCCCCGAUCCUGUACCGAUUUUAUCAUGAUGGUGUCAGCCUGGGGAGCAGCUCAGUUCCCUCUGGAAGAGCAUUCUUCAAAUUCUCUCUGACUGCAGAACAUUCUGGAAACUACUCCUGUGAGGCUGACAAUGGCCUGGGGGUCCAGCUCAGUGACAGAGUGACUCUCAGUGUCACAGUUCCAGUGUCUCAUCCUGUCUUCACCUUCCACCCUGCUGGGGCCCAGGCUAUGGUGGGAGAUGUGUUAGAGCUUCGCUGUGAGGCCCAAAGAGGCUCUACCCCGAUCCUGUACUGGUUUUAUCACAAGAAUGUCACCCUGGGGAACACCUCGGACCCCUUUGGAGGAGGAACAUCCUUCAACCUCACUCUGAUGGCAGAGCAUUCUGGGAACUUCUCUUGUGGGGCUGACAAUGGCCUGGGGGUCCAGCGCAGUGAGAUGGUGACACUCAGCGUCACAGGGCCUUCCAGUAACAAAAUAACGCUUAUCACCAAGGGGGUCACUGCAGGACUGCUAAGUAUCCUUGGCCUUGCUGCUACUGCUGCUCUGGUGUGUUACUUCAGGACCCAAAGGAAUUCAGGAGGACUUUCCACCACUGGAACACCUAGUUACAGUCCCAAGGAGUUUAAGGAACCUUCUAGAACCUCCCACACAGACCCCCAAGAACCCACUUACUCUGAACCACCAGACCCAAUGGAACAGCAGCCAGUGUACAGCAAUGUGGAUCUUGGUGAGAGCAACCUGGUUUAUUCCCAGAUCUGCAGCAUCCAAGAUACAAAAGAAAAUUCAGCAAAUUCACCAAAGAAACACUGGGAGGAUAAGGAGCCUGUAGUCAUCUAUUCAGAGUUGAAGAAGGCACAUCUAGAUGAUUCUGCAGGGCUGGCCAUCAAUCAAGACAGGGACCUUGAAGAUGCUGCAGAAAACUAUGAGAAUGUCCCAUGUGCACUGUCAGCCAUAGACCACUAG